AUGCGCCAAGAGGGCCAGAAUAAUGUACCGGUACCCGUUCUGCCCACCACAUCUGAGUCGUCAGCGACGGGCGAGAUUCUCGAUCUCUAUCAAGAAAGCCACACUGGUAUUGAUUCCGUCGACUCUACAGCUAUGCAGAAGUCUAAAAGGAGCAAGAGGACGGAACAUAGGGCAGCACGUAAAAUUGAGGAAUGGCUUCCUCUUCGGCAGGACUUCCUCGACGAGCUCCUGCGUUACGAAGGAUCCGAACACAUACAUUCCAGCGUGUGCCGCACCUGCAAGCGGCCCGGCGCAACGUUCCGGUGUAGCCAAUGUCACUCGCGUCGUCUGUAUUGUCAGGUGUGCGCAAUCGAUCGACACACAGACAUCCCACUUCACAUUCUUGAGGCACGUUGUUUGCGACUCGGGUUACGCGAACUUGGUGUUGUGCUCCAACUCGGGCACGAUGGCGACUCGUGUCCAUGCCCAUCUCCGACUACACGACGUCUGGUAGUGGUCAAUACCGAUGGUAUGCAUAAAGUGGAAGUGCGCUUCUGUCAGUGCCUCCGUCAUGACAGCACUUUCAUGCCCGAAUGGGUUCAAAUCUUUCGCCAAGGAUGGUUUCCGGCGACGACAUCCAAGCCAGCUACCGCAGCAACUUUCCACAUUCUCAACUUCUUCCACGAGCUAAACUUUCAAGCCAAAACAAAUCUAAACGAUUUCGAGCAGACACUACAGCGCAUCACAGACAAUUCAGGCUAUGCAGCCAAUUUGGUCCGUUACCGGCAAAUGUCGCAUUGUGUCCGAUUAUGGCGCCAUCUCGUAGCUCUCAAGCGCGCGGGACGCGGACACGAUCCGGCUGGAGCCGCGAAUACGCAACCAGGGGAGCUCGCUGUUGAAUGCCCAGCCUGUCCGCACCCGGGAAAGAACCUGCCUCCCGAUUGGGACGCGGAGACGAACAUCAACAGAUGGCUAUACACGCUUUUCCUGAUGAUGGAUGGCAAUUUCCGUGCAAAGCUCAAAGACCGCGGACUAGACAGUAUCACACUCUCCCAGGGCUGGUCGUAUUUUGUAGAGACAAACAGUUUCACGAGGUUCAUCAACUCUGUCGGGGAGCAAGCAGAGAAAAGCAGCUGCACGGCCGAACACAAGGCUAUUCUUAAUGCGAACAUUCAUCGGGAGGGCUACAUCACAUCCGGUGUCGGUGCAAUCCUGUGCGCGCGUCAUGCCCUAUGCCGAAAAAGCGGGAUGGGAGACAUAUUCUUGGGAGAGAAAUAUGCAAUCUUCGACUACCUCCUCGGUUCGACUACGACCGGAUUGCCACCCUCCUCCCUUCUGAUAUCGUAUGAUCUCGCGUGCCAGUGGCACAAGCGUCUCCCCCAGAGGGCGAUGGAUCUCCCGGAGGAGCUCAGCAACGCGAUUGCGAAUCUCAACCUACGCUUCGCAAUCCCCAAGAAGCACUGGCACUGGUCACUGAAUUUCCUGGCGCUUGUUGGGCGGACUUACGUUCACACAAGCACCCGCGAGAUGGAGCCCGGCGGUCGGCACGAGGUCGUUGACGACCACGAGGGCGCUUGGAAUUGGCAAAAGAUCUUGGCGAUGGGUGAGUAUUUCCAAAAUGUCUCGGAGACUUCACACAAGCGACAAAAUCAAGUGCACGACGACUUUACCGCAAAUCUUCCUCCUCUCUCUAAGAACGCCGUUCCGAAGUGGGAAGCCGAACUUACAGCGUGGCAGAAUGCGCCCGGAUCUGUGCCGGACCCGUACGAGGAGCCUCGGGCCAAGAGCUCUCAGGCGGCCGUACAAGAGAAGCGGAACACGCUUAAACGGCGUAUUGAUGCGUGGCAGAUAUUACAACAUGUUCACAUGCCGGUCAUCCCCUCCAACAUGACCACCAUUCCGCACGCUCCUGUCCCACCGUCCAUGGUAGCACCAGCACUGGAAACUCCUAGAGGGAGCACCACCGAGAACACCCCGGCCGAAGACAUCGAUCUCCUCCUUCCCUCUGCCCUUCCCACCCCGUUUCGCGUCUCUCUUCACCCCACGCUGCUCGACAAGGCCCAGCGCCUCCGCUUGGCCCAAGCGGAUGACGCGCUCGACGAUAUACGACGCUACCGGCGAAUCAUCACUGGUAUCAAGGAGUUCAAUCGGCUCAAUAUCAGCGGGACUGGGCAGCGUACCACAGGGAAGGUGCGGUCGGUCUACUCGACUUUCCAGAGCAAGAUCGAUCGCGCCGCGGAACGUUACCGUGCCGCUCGUACAGCGCUUCUCGCACUCGACCACACUGGCGGCUGGCAAGAGCGGCUCAAAGAGCUUCGCGGGGAGGAUAUUCGAGGUCCAGGACGCCCAGACGACGAAGACCCGACAGGUGAUGGUCGUUUCAUUGUGUCGUGGAUAUGGCUUGUGCCUCGGGUGUCGGGCGAGUCUCCUGUCGGUUGUGAAGACAUCAACGUCACAGAAGUCCUCGACAACAUGAAGUACGAAUGGUCUCGCAGCAAGGCACGGGCCGAGCGAUGGACGGAAGAGGUUGCGCUACUGGAGGAGGAGAUGCGGCGGAUUGUGGAGUUCUUCGAGUGGAAAGCUCGGUGGUGGCGAGAGCAGGCUACACGCCGAGGCGACGUGAGCGCGGAGCUGGCAACGGGGCUCGCCAUUUACGCAGAGAAGCAGGCAUGCGUCUUCGAAGGGCUGGCUAUGCGGCGACUCAUCAAAUGCCGAGACGACGCGGAUGGGGCUCGAUGA